ACCACAUUUACGUCCCUCAAUCGACUAUUUAGUCUUCUGUAAGACACGGGUAGAUUCCAGGGGAGACUAAAGUAUGACGUCAUGUUACGGGGACCAUAUUCCCCAUGCGCAGUCACCGAUACAUUUUUUUUAAAGAAUGGAAAGAAAGCAAUGCUGACGGACUUUAGGUCACCCUUGCAUUAGGCUAUAUUUCUAUAGGUCACACUGAGCCAUUAAUACGACGACUCUCUUAUUACAACUCUUACAUUUUACAAUUUUGAAUGAAUAUGCAGAGAUGUCUGAGUGUAAUGGGGCUUCGAGCCUAAGGUACUAGUCUAAAGACGCUCCUGGCCCUUUAAGAGCGGAGGGAGGGGUUACGAACCGCUUGGCUGCGGUGUUUUUGUCUCCAUGUCAGUGAGCGCUCCUGGCCCAAGACGUCUGAACGGAUUUAUAAGGAUAGGUGCUGACCGUGAGAAAGAGGGGAGGGAAGAAAAAUAGGAGAGAAGAGAAGCCAGAGUGAGGAGAUUGGGGAGGAGGAGAGACCAACCCUGCAGCACUCUGAGCAGCUGGUGAGGUUUUGUGGGUAAACGUGUGACAUCAUGGCUCAGGUGCUGCACAUGGACCCCAGCUUCCCAGGAGGGAAGCUUACCCCGUCCGCUCCCCCCUCCCUGCAUGGGAAGGAGCAGGAGGCGCCCUACUCUGUGGAGACCCCCUACGGCUACCGUCUGGACCUAGACUUCCUCAAGUAUGUCAACGACAUUGAGAAGGGCAACACCAUCAAGAAGGUGCCCGGUCAGCGCCGGCCCCGCUACGGGUCUCUCCCCCGGGGGUAUGGCUACACAGGCUCCUGGUGGACCUCCACAGAGUCCCUGUGCUCCAACACCAGCCAGGACAGUCGCCAAUCAUCCUUCUCCUACUGCGCCCCAGGCUACCACCCACACAGCUCCCACUCCCAGAGGCCCAGCUUCAGCACGGCCCGGGUGGAGAAGACCCUGCUGGACGCCCGCAGGAAGUUGGAGGAAGAGAAAGAAGGGGCCCCCAGGAGGUUCUCCAGCACACUGGGUAGCAUGCACAACAGCAUGGCCGGAUCCACCACCUCCCUGAGCAGCGCCCACAGCUAUAACCGCACCCAUGGAGGAGGAACGGGCUCCUUCACUCCCAUGAGCUCCGGCAUGUCCACGCCUGUGUCGCCCACCCCGGCCCACCUGCAGCAUGUGAGAGAGCAGAUGGCGGUGGCUCUCAGAAAGAUCCGGGAGCUGGAGGAGCAGGUGAAGACCAUCCCCGUGCUCCAAGUGAAGAUCUCUGUGCUGCAGGAGGAGAAGAGGCAGCUAAGCGUCCAGCUGAAGAGCCAGAAGUUUCUGGGACACACCCUUGGCUUUGGCAGAGUGGGCCGGCCCCGAGGGGAGCUCUACAUCGACAUCCCAGAGGAAGAGGUGAGCUCUGGAGCUGAAGCCACCACCAGGGUUGCAGCAGGGCCUCUGUCCCCCACCACCCCCACCAGUCCUGAGGGCUCCAGGCCGCAGGCAGACUCAGGCUGUGAGAUUGAGGACACGGUGAUCGUGGGUGGAGCGCGGCCGGCUGGGCAGAGGGAAGUGCGUACCAUUGGGGUGGGACCAGAGGAGGCGAAGGGCAGCCAGCAGGUGGAUGUGGGCAUUGGGGUGAAGGAGCAGGACCUGGGGCUGGUGCCGGAGACAGAGGCCCUGAAGAGCCAGGUGGGCCAGCUGGAGGGCCAGCUGAAGAGGACGAUGCAGGAGCUGCAGGCUGCCCAGCAGCAGGUGCAGGCAGCUCAGAGGGAGAGGCAGGCACUGGCCCCCCAGGCAAACCACUCGGUCAGGGCCACCAGUCUGAGCUGGCAGGAGCAGCAGGGACGCAGCCUGCAAACGGUAGUCAGCUUUACCCAGCAGCCCCAUCACCGGGCGCAGAGAACUGUGGGAAUCCAGGUGUACACGCUGGAGCAACCAGCCACUGUGGUGGGGGUGGGCACGUUGCUCCGAGCAGAGGGAUGCAGCUCCCCCUCCCUCCCUCCAGGUGGUACAGUCCUGGAGGGAACCCACAGAGGACAUGCACAGGCCCUGGGCCCAGAGGAUGCAGCUGUUGAGCUGCCCAUCGCCAUCUCCUCCAAACAGGUCCGAGAGGUCCUAAGAAGUGAGUUGUCCACCUCUGUGCCUGUCACCAAUCCUGCCAUCGCCAUUGAUACCAUUGGUAAUCAGAUGGCUUUGCUGCAUCUGAAGGAAGGAGAGACACCCCAGCACACUGUCCAUUAUCAAGAAGACCCAUCAAAGCCAGCUGCAGCAGCCUCUCCCCAGACCACACUGAGGUCCAUUAUGAAACACAAGGCAGAAGGAGAACCUGGCUCUCCAUCCACCAAGAAGAACCUGCAGUUCACUGGAGUCAAUGGAGGUUCUGUUCUGUCCUGUAGGUAUGAGUCCACCUCCUCAGACGACAGUAGCAGUGAGAGUUCAGAGGAGAGUGAUGCCAGUGAAUAUCAUGAGACCACAGAGAAACUCCCAGAAACACCAGAGUCUGCAGCGGGACAGCACCAGCAAGCAGCAGCAGUCCCAGUCUCCUCCACAAGGCUAGAGCAUGCCACCCCGCUCCCAACCACCACCGUCCAACCACCAGCCUGUCAACCUGCCUUUGAGCGGAGCACCAGCCAAUCAGCAACCAUAAGCAUAGGACUGCAGCAUGUAUCCACCUUAUCACCAACCUUGAACACUGCCGUGCAGCAAUGUGCCUCUGACUCUACCCCCACUGAGACUACCUACCAAUCUCCAGCCAAUGACUGUGUCCGUCAGGGGAGUAUUGUCCAAUCAUCGGUCCCAGACCCUAUCCCUCAGGAGUGUACCUCCAUAAAUACUAGCACUGAACCCACUACACCUGAGCAGUGCACCAUCCAAUCAGCAGCUACCUGUUCUGCACCCCCCAAGCCACCCAGAUGCCAACCAGAAGCCACUAACCCGGAAGUAAAGCAGGGUGUCACCCAAUCAAAUACCACUGAUGUCACCGUUCAGCUAGAUGCCAUCAAAUCACAAACUACUGACCUCGCCCCUCAGCAUUGGGCUACCCAAUCGUCAGCUACUGAACAAAGCUCCCGGCAGAGGUUAGUCCAAUCAUCAGCCUCGACACCAGCACCUGGAAACACCCCAAGUGCUGCUGGAGCAGCCAAUCAAGAAACCAGACUGGAGUUCAGUGAGAGCCUGAUGGCAUCUCUCCAUGCCCUGCAGAAAGCCCUGGGUGAACCCAAUGCGUUCAGCCAGCAAGCAGCAAGGACAGCCUACACCACGGUGCUCCAGGAGUGGCUUCGUGUGUCCUGUCACAAGGCAGCUGACACUGCCAUGGUCAGGGCCUAUAUGGAUACCUUCUCCUCCGUCUCCCCACAGCUGCUGAAGUUUGUGGUCAAUAUGGCCGACGGCAAUGGCAACACGGCCCUGCACUACACCGUCUCCCACUCCAACUUCCCUGUGGUCAGGCUGCUGCUGGACACUGGCCUGUGCAACGCUGACAAGCAGAACAAAGCCGGGUACACAGCCAUCAUGCUGACAGCUCUGGCUGCCUUCCACUCUGACAGUGACCUUCACACUGUCCUGCAGCUGCUGCGCACAGGGGACGUGAACGCCAAAGCCAGCCAGGCGGGUCAGACGGCGUUGAUGCUGGCAGUGAGUCACGGGCGAGGGGACAUGGUACGGGCGCUGCUCUCCUGCGGGGCACAGGUCAACAUCCGCGACGACGACGGCUCCACGGCGCUCAUGUGUGCCUGCGAGCACGGCCACGUCGACAUCGUGCGUCAGCUGCUGUCUGUGCCAGGCUGUGAUGUCACCCUCACUGACAACGAUGGCAGUUCAGCCCUGUCCAUAGCCCUGGAGGCCAGUCAGAAUGACAUCGCUGUGCUUCUCUACGCUCACCUCAACUUCGCCAAGCCUCCUUCCCCUGUAUCACCAAAGUCUCCUCUUUUGGGAUCCUCUCCCCCCUCUGGUGAAACAAAGUGACCACACUGUAAGAUAUCUUUUGGCCAAUUUAGCAGCACCUCUUCAACCAGCUCCUCAACCAUUCCACCACAAGUGUUGAUAUCUGUGUAUAUAUAUGUGUGUGUGUGUGUGUGUCAGUCUGUCUGUGUGUAUUUGUGUGUGGGAGAGUGAUUGUAAUGGUAUUUUUCCUCUUCUCUCUGUCUGUUCUCUCCGUAUGUACUGUAUGUGCACGUCGGCAUGAAACCCAGCACUUGACACGAUCCUAACGCAUCUUUUCUUGAAACAAAGAAAGGAAUUCAUCAUGAUGCUAUACUCACAUAUAGUUCUUUACACACAAGAGUCUGUUUUUUUGUUUUGUUACAGUGUUGGUUGAAAUCAAUCUCCGAUAAUAUUCACAUGACAGAAUAAGCCGUUGCCCUUGUAACAGCUCAACACACAAACUCAACUCAGCAAUAAUCCCACUUCCAUUCAUUUAGUGUUUUUUUAUUGCCGCUCGAUAAGCAAGAUUGUAUUACUUUACCGUAGUUCGUUAUUGUAGCUUAUUUUUUGUUCAUAUGCAUUUGUUACUUAUUACUGUACAAGCAAUAUAUGUCAUUCUAUAUACCAUUGAUAAUCGAUCAGUUGCAAGGACACAGUAGGAAUAUGUUGUCUCAUCACAAUCAUUUAUGAAAUGCCGAAAGUCACCCAUAUCACUGUGAAAUGAUUCAUUCACACACAUCAUUUCUAAAAUGACAAAAUCACCCAUUUCAUUCUAAAAUACAAAUAUCUCUCUGAAGUGUCCUUUAUCGAUUGUAAUCAGUCAGCUGAUUGGUGCUAAAACAAUUCUGAUACAGGACUCCAGUUUAAUUCAGCCCAAUAGAUUGAGAUUUCUACACAACCUUUAUUUACCCCAUAGAGUAUUUUUGAUAGUGUCUUUUUAUUCAAUUCCAAUUUCACAUAGGUCUACGGUGUGGAUCUCCAGCACUGUUAAACAGAUGACAACCUUUACACACAGCAUUGCUACUUUAGAUGUCAGACAGCUAGCUGUGACGAGGCCUACAGCACCCUAAUCAGGAUAGUGUUGUUUAAAUGAUGGUCUUACUGGCUAACUUCCAACCACAUUUUAGUCGUUGUAACAGUUAACCAUUUUUUUCAGAAUUUUUAUCCAAAGAUCUUCCCCUUCAUAACAAACUCUUUUGUUACACUGUAUGUUGUGGUGAUCCGUCUGAGUGUAAAGAUAAUAAUAUGUGAUGACCAGACAGAUAAUUCCCAACAAAAGAUUUGGUAGCAGCAGCAUUAUCGUUGAGGUCAAUAACAGUUGUAAUGUUGAUGAGAAGGCAACUAGAAAUGGUAGCUACUCUAACUCUCCAAUAAAGGUACUACAUUUCUGAAAUGAAAGAUUGUUUAUUUUCUUGAAUAAAAGGUUUUACGAGUGGUUUUACUGAGGGAAGGAGUGACGUGGGGUGUUUGGGUACUGACUAGGGUGUGUAAGGUGGUAGGCAAGGUUCAAAUUCCUGUUCAGUGGUCACCCUUUUUGGAUUGGUUGGUAACUAGAAAGUGAUAGAAUGGACUAUGGAUCUAAUCAAGAAUUUGCAUUGUAAUAUAGGUAUACCAAAAUUAUAGUAAUAUUUUACAUUAUUCUAAAGUAGUAGUGAUGCAUAAAAUUAUAAUUUAAAAAGGAUUGAAGUCCAAAAUACAAAAAUACACUGAGUAUACCAAACAUUUGGGACACCUUCCUAAAGUGGAGUUGCCUCACCCUCUGAAUGGCACACAUACACAGUCCAUGUCUCAAGGCCUAAAAAUCCUUCUUUAACCUGUCUCCUCCCCUUCAUCUACACUGACUGAAGUGGUUUUACAAGUGACCUCAGUAAGGGAUCAUAGCUUUCAGCAGGAUUCACCUGGCCAGUCUGUCAUCCAAAGAGCAGGUGUUCUUAAUAUUUUGUAUGCUCAUUGGUGUCUCAAUUUGGAUUGAUAUUUUUACGUUAACCCCCCCCCCCCCCCCCCUUUAAUAUAGGAUUUCCUGAGCAAUUGGAUUUUAUAACGUUUUAUAUUUGUUUUACUUUCUUUUUUAUACAUUUCUAUUUGCAUUACUUUUUCACAACUAUAGGUUUACCUACUCGCACAUUUGUUUUAGUUUUUUGCCUUCUGUAAAAUGCUCAGUUUGUAUUUUUCCCCAUUUGGUUUUAUGGGUUUUUGGAAGAAAAUAAUAAAUCAGCUUUCAUCGUAAA